AUGAAGUCUUUUUCUUGGUUAUAUCAUUUGCCAUGGCAGAAUACGUCAGUGGAGAUCUGGAAUACACCAUUUGAGAAGUGGAAUACGCCAUUGGAGAAGUGGAACACGCUAUCUGGGAAAUGGAACAAGCCAUUUGAGAAGUGGAACAGGCUACGUGAGAAGUGGAACAAGCUAUAUGGGAUGUGGAAUACGCCAUUGGAGAAGUGGAACAAGCUGCUUGAAAAGUGGAACACGCCAUUUAUAGAACUGGAAUACGCCGUUGGAGAUGUGGGAAACACCGUUCGGGAUGUGGAAUACGCAUUGGAGAAGUGGAACAAGCUAUUUGAGAAGUGGAACAAGCCAUUUGAGAUGUGA